AAAAGUAGUUCUAAUUCUUACUUCCACAACCGAAGUCAUAACGCAUAUGAACGGGUUUUAAUCAUGUGGCUGUUACCGUUAAGUUGUCUGUUGUGGACACGAGCUGCUGCCACUGAAAUACAACGACCGAAUAUAGUGUUUAUUGUAGCUGAUGAUUUGGGUUGGGAUGACGUGAGUUACCACGGUUCCGAUGAAAUAAUGACCCCCAAUAUCGACACGCUGGCGUACCAGGGAGUUAUACUGGACCAGUACUACACGGAUUCUGAAGGAUCCGCGUCGCGGUCGGCCUUGUUUACAGGCAAAUACCCCAUGCGUAUGGGAUUGCAAGGUGUGUCAAUAAGGGCAUCUGAAGACAGAGGCAUUCCAGUGUCAGAGCUGUUGUUACCCGUGCGCCUUCGUGAGUUGGGUUACAAGACACAUUUAGUUGGAAAGUGGGGCGUUGGAAAAUCUAGGGCACACUAUCUUCCGACCAACAGAGGCUUCGAUUCUUUCUACGGCUUCACUGGUGACUCUGUGGAUUACCUCACUUACAACACAGUAGAGGAGCUGAAUGGAACAUCAUUCUAUGGGUUGGACUUUUUUGAAAAUUUAGACGCAGUUGAGGAUAAGAGCGGAUAUCUUACUGACAUAAUCACUGAUAAAGCUGUAGAUGUUAUUAGAAACCAUAAUACGUCGGUACCACUGUACUUGCAUCUGUCACAUGCCACGCCUCAUAUCGGUGGAGGAUUGGUAUCGUUACAACCGCCUUUGGAUUCCGUGGAGGCAAACAAACACAUCGUACAUUCUGCCAGAAGAUUAUACGCAGGAUUAGUCACAACUUUGGACAAUAGCGUUGGUAAUAUCAUAGCAGUGCUCGCUGAAAGGGAUAUUCUACAAAAUACAAUUAUCGUUUUCGUUUCUGAUAACGGCGCUCCGACUUUAGGUGCAAAGAAGAAUUUCGGAUCAAAUUACCCAUUGCGUGGCACAAAAGGUUCUCCGUGGGAAGGAGGAGUGCGUUCUAUAGGAUUAGUGUGGCACGCUGCCAUAAUGCCGAGAAUCCACCAUGGUCUCAUUCAUGCAACUGAUUGGCUUCCUACAUUAGUUUCUGCUGCAGGGGGAAGAGUAAACAAUAAUAUAGAUGGUAUCAAUCAAUGGUCUGUUCUAAUUAAUAACUUAAUCCCUAAACGCAGAAAUGCAUUAAUAACAAUAGACGAUCUAAACGGAUGGGCAGCAUUCAGAGAAGGUGAUUUCAAAAUAAUCAUUGGCGAUGUUAAUCCAGACUUAAGUCGACAUUAUGGGAAUGAAUUUAAACGAGGGAGAUCCAUGAAGGAGUCUUUGAUUUUUUACGAUGAUAUUUUAUUAGCCUCUGAAGCAGCCCGAGUGUUUAAGGAAAUAUUACAAUUGCCUUUGGAUGUAAUAUCCAUUUCUGAUAGAAGAGCCGAUUUGAAUUUGACACUAUAUAAUCAAAACAGUAAAGAGAAGGCAUUUUGUUUACCAACAAAAGCUAAGGGAUGUCUAUUUAAUAUAAGCUCAGACCCCACAGAGAGCAAUGACUUAUGGACUAUGUUUCCGGAUGUUGUACGUCGUAUGUCCCUUCGAUUGCGGACCUUAUGGACUGAGUUGAAGGCUAGGCGUCAACCACAAUCGGACCCAAGGGCCGAUCCAUCCCUUCGGAAUUACACGUGGUAUGAAUGGAUCAAAAAUGAAGAAUUAAAUCUAGAAUCGCCGCCUCUUCCAGUUUUCCCAAUGUACGCUUCUUUAGGAGAAAUGCAGUAUCUAGUGGAUCUCAAUUUUAAUUUACUCACAGAUAAACUAAAUGUUUAUAUUGGAAAUGUGAAGGAAACUAUUAGUCAAAGUGUUAGUAAAUUAUUUUAUAAUUAGUUAAUUUCA